UUUACUUACAUCCAAAUGCUAUCAAAUUUUCUUCUUCAAAUAGAAGUGGGAUCAUCCCUCCUUCGGCAUCCUUCCCCGGAGCUAUCUCGUCUAAUCUCAGCUCACAGUUCUCUGCCCAAAGGAGAACGAAAUUUCCAAUGGCCUGUUCUAGCAUUUGUAAUACAGCACCAUGAUCUGGAAGGACUGGAAAUGGCAAUGAGGCACGCUCUAAGGAAAUCUGCUUGCAGAGUAUAUGCUAUGGAGUCUUUUAACUGGCUGUUGUGCAGUGUAAUUCAGACAACUGCACUCCAUGAUAUUCUGUGGCAUUUUGUGGCAUCCCUGACUCCUGCUCCUUUGGAAUCUGAGGAUGAAGAAGCUGAUGAUAACAAGAUGAACAAAGAGAAUAUAGAACAGGAAAGAGAUACUGGUGUGUGUGAACACCCGCUCUCUGACAUUGUAAUCGCUGGAGAAGCUGCUCAUCCUUUACCUGAAACGUUUCAUCGGCUGUUGCAAACUAUUUCAGACUUGAUGAUGUCCCUACCCAGUGGCAGCUCACUGCAACAAAUGGCUUUACGGUGCUGGAGUCUGAAAUUCAAGCAAUCUGAUCAUCAGUUCCUUCAUCAGAGCAAUGUUUUCCACCACAUCAAUAAUAUUCUUUCUAAAUCUGAUGAUGGAGACAGUGAAGAAAGCUUUAACAUCAGUGUGCAGUCUGGCUAUGAAGCCUUGAAUCAGCAGGAGUCAUGUACAGUAACAUCCUUGAAAGACCUCACUGGGAUUGUUGAUAUUAAGACAUCCAGCAGACCAGCUAUGAUUGGUAGUCUGACAGAUGGAUCAACAGAAACUUUCUGGGAGUCAGGAGAUGAAGACAAAAAUAAAACCAAGAGCAUAACUAUAAACUGUGUUAAAGGAAUUUGUGCUCGCUAUGUGUCUGUUCAUGUAGACAACUCUCGAGAUUUGGGGAACAAGGUAUCUUCAAUGACUUUCUUUUCUGGAAAAGCAACUGAAGACCUAAGCAGAAUUAAACAAACUGACAUGGAUUCCAGGCACAUGGGAUGGGUAACCAGUCAACUUCCUGGUGGAGGCAAUCAUAUUAUUAAAAUAGAGCUCAAAGGUCCUGAGAACACACUAAGAGUCCGACAAGUCAAGGUUUUAGGAUGGAAAGAAAAUGAAAGUAUUAAAAUUGGUGGACAGAUUUCAGCAAGUGUUGCUCAGCAGAAGAACUGUGAAGGAGAAACCCUAAGAGUUUUCCGACUUAUUACAUCUCAGGUGUUUGGCAAAUUGAUUUGUGGUGAUGCUGAGCCCACACCUGAACAAGAAGACAAAACUAUUUUGUCUUCACCAGAGGGUGAAGAAAAGGCAUCUGAUGCUGAUUUGAAGGAACACAUGGUUGGAAUCAUAUUUAGCAGAAGCAAGCUGACCAAUCUUCAGAAACAGGUAUGUGCACAUAUAGUUCAAGCCAUACGCAUGGAAGCCACCCGUGUACGAGAAGAAUGGGAACACGCCAUAUCCAGCAAGGAAAAUGCAAAUUCUCAACCAAAUGAUGAGGAUGCUUCUUCAGAUGCGUACUGUUUUGAACUGCUGUCCAUGGUGCUUGCUCUAAGUGGUUCCAAUGUUGGAAGACAAUAUUUGGCCCAGCAGCUCACGUUAUUGCAAGACCUGUUCUCUUUGCUGCAUACUGCUUCACCCAGGGUACAAAGACAGGUGACAUCUUUGCUGCGCCGUGUGCUACCAGAAGUGACGCCAGUGCGUCUUGCCAGUAUAAUAGGUGUGAAAUCUCUUCCACCAGCUGACAUCAGCGAUAUCAUUCAUUCCACAGAGAAAGGAGACUGGAAUAAGUUAGGAAUUUUGGACAUGUUUUUGGGAUGCAUUUCCAAAGCGCUCACUGUACAGCUAAAAGCCAAAGGGUGUAAUUUUCCUGGCACAGUUGCUGGGAAGGGUGUAACCACAGUUACGUUACCAUCAGUCUUCAACUCUGGCUCCAUUCGACGAGGUGAAAGCCACUGGUGGAUGAAAGGCUCCACACCCCCGCAAAUUUCAGAAAUAAUAAUUAAACUAAUAAAGGACAUGGCCGCUGGACAUCUAUCAGAAGCCUGGUCACGUGUCACAAAAAAUGCAAUUGCUGAAACAAUUAUUGCCCUAACAAAAAUGGAAGAAGAAUACAGAGUGCCUAUCCAAUGUACCACAACAACGAGGUUGUGGCUAGCUCUGGCUUCACUGUGUGUGCUAGAUCAAGACCAUGUUGAUAGGCUUUCCUCUGGUAGAUGGAUGGGAAAGGAUGGCCAGCAAAAACAAAUGCCCAUGUGUGACAACCAUGAUGAUGGUGAGACUCCAGCAAUUAUUCACUGCAAUGUGUGUGGGAAUCUUUGCACAGAUUGUGACCGUUUUCUCCACCUUCACAGAAGGACAAGAACACAUCAAAGACAGGUAUUUAAAGAAGAGGAAGAAGCAAUCAAAGUUGACCUUCAUGAAGGUUGUGGAAGAACCAAGCUCUUUUGGCUUAUGGCACUUGCAGACUCAAAAACCAUGAAAGCAAUGGUAGAGUUCAGGGAGCACACGGGCAAACCUGCGUCAAGCAGCACUGAAGCAUGUCGCUUCUGUGGGUCAAGAAACGGAACAGAGUUGUCAGCAGUGGGCAGUGUGUGCUCUGAUACAGAUUGCCAAGAAUAUGCUAAGACUGCCUGUGGAAAAACCCAUUCCUGUGGUCAUCCCUGUGGUGGAGUUAAAGGCGAAGAACAUUGUUUACCUUGUUUACAUGGAUGUGACAAAAACGCAAUAUGUCUUAAACAAGAUGCUGAUGAUAUGUGUAUGAUCUGUUUUACUGAGGCACUUUCAGCAGCUCCUGCAGUUCAGUUGGACUGUAGUCAUGUUUUCCAUCUGCACUGUUGUAGAAGAGUUCUUGAAAAUCAGUGGCUUGGCCCAAGGAUAACUUUUGGCUUUAUGGCAUGCCCUAUAUGCAAGAACAAAAUAAAUCAUCUAGUGUUAAAAGAUCUACUUGAUCCUAUCAAAGACCUCUAUGAAGAUGUAAGGAAGAAGGCUCUAAUGAGACUAGAAUAUGAAGGUUUGCAUAAAAGUGAUGCCAUCACUACUCCAGGUGUCCGUUUUUACAAUGAUCCUGCUGGAUUUGCAAUGAAUAGAUACGCCUACUAUGUCUGCUAUAAGUGUAAAAAGGCUUAUUUUGGUGGUGAAGCAAGAUGUGAUGCUGAAGCAGGGCAAGGCGAUGACUAUGACCCACGGGAAUUGAUCUGUGGUGCUUGCUCAGAUGUCUCUAGAGCACAGAUGUGUCCCAAACAUGGUACAGAUUUCCUGGAGUACAAAUGUCGGUAUUGCUGCUCUGUGGCAGUGUUUUUUUGCUUUGGAACAACACAUUUCUGUAAUGCUUGCCAUGAUGACUUCCAAAGGAUGACAAGUAUCCCUAAAGAAGAACUUCCCCGUUGUCCAGCAGGUCCAAAAGGAAAACAGCUUGAGGGAGCAGAGUGUCCUCUUCAUGUUGUCCACCCAGCCACUGGUGAGGAGUUUGCUUUGGGCUGUGGUGUUUGCAGAAAUGCUCACACAUUCUAAGUAUGCAGCAGUGAUGCUCCUUCGCAUUUUCCAGCCUUUUAAAUAUUUUCAGUUUCUGGACUGAAGUCAGUAACUUGGAAUGGCGCACUAUCAUUUGAAUGAAAGAACAACAUGCUGUGCACAGAAAAGAACUUUAUUCUUGUGCACCUACUUAUUGCUGUAAAUGACUCAAACUUUUCAAAAGGCUUUAAACUUGUGAAGUGUUUGCAUGCUGCAGUUACAAACCUCAGCUGUAAGACAUCACACACCUACACGGUACCUUGACAGAAGCUGCUUUUUCUAAAAGCGAUUGAGAUGUAUGGACAAGGACAGCUUCCAAAUUACAAAAUUGAAGAAUUGCUACAAGUACACAGAGUACGACUUUUGGGUAACCCUGUACAGUAUUCUUGGAAAUUGUAACCACGUCAUGGGUUGAGAGUAUAUUCUUGUUCAUUUGAUAGACUGUUGAGGAUGUUUUAGGGCUUGUUGUCUAUGAAUAUCAUAAUGUAUAUAUGGUAUCAGUGUUAGAUGUAUUACAAAGUUGCUACGUUACACUGCAAUUUUCAUUUAAACUUCAAAGGGUUAUGUUUGAGCCUGAAAUUUUAAUGAAGUGCAAUACUGGGUGUGCCUCCUAUCUUGCAGCUGUACACAUAUGGAAUGUAUAUGUCAAUAAAACCGCUGUACAUUUUUAUACAGUGAGAAUGUUGUGUGAAUGGGAAAUCAUUCAGCCACAUAAUGUGUGUGUGUAUAUAUAGGCUUUGUGAAAUGGGCAAAAAUACCAUUUGAGUUUUAGUAAGGAACAGGAGUUGAAUCAUUAUUUGGAAAGAGUGCUUUGCACAAAUAAUGUGUUCACUUCUGCGAAGCAAGACCAGCAAACCUUUAAUAAUUGCUUUCAUGUUCUGGGGGCAGUAGAAAUUCUCUCUUCUAAAGUAAAUCAGAGCAUAUUUCUUUGCACGGUUGCCUCAAAGCAACCUCCAUCUCUGAUGAGGAAAAAUAUCAGGCUUGAUCUGUUUGUCAUAUAAGUUUCAAAGUUUUUUUUAAGAUUGCAGUGAUUGGAUUUGCCAUGUGUGCUGUAAACUUGCCAUAUACAAGUGGGACUUUUGCUUAGACAAAACAUGUUUAUUAAAGUACUAAACAGUG